AAAUCUAUUUAGUACAAUCGGAGCGCCACUACGCGUCGUUCACAUCAUCUACCACACCCUCGUUUCCAUCGUAUUUCCAAAUCUUAGCUAAACCGCACACAAUCCUCGCUCACUCUGUCUCUCUCUGAACAAACCCUAGUUUCCCAAACCUCUCCACUUCCCUCUCUCUGAAACAAUCCUCGCAAUCCAAUGGCUCCCAAACGCCCAUCUCAUCUUGAGGACCCCCCAGCUGCUUCUUCCUCUGAAGAAGAAGAAGCUUCGUCCGAAGAAGAAGAAGGAUCGUCUUCGUCUGAAGAAGAAGAAGAAGCUGAAGCAGAAAAAGCCUCUUCUUUACCAUCCACUCCGGUCACUGAAAAAAAGACGGCCCCAAAAAAGCCAGACCCUGAGCCGCAAUCGUCGUCAUCCGUAUCCGGGUUUGAUUCGGACACGGACUCCGGGGCCACCCCGAGCACGAGCGUGAAGCCUAUCGCAUCCAAGCCCAUGGAAGACUCGGCCCUGAAGGCUGCCACCAAACCCAGAUCCAAGCCUGCCUCGUCGGCCGCGAGAUCGUCGGCGGCGACCAAGCGGCCGACUUCCGAGACCGAUAGCAAGGAUUCGUCCAAGCGGGCCAAGAAGAAGGCGCCGGAGCCAAGCGCAGACGGAGUCGUUUCGCCUGACGACACAAAGAAGUCAACCGCCGGAGAUGAGAAAAAGCUCUUCCAGAGGCUGUGGAGCGAGGACGACGAGAUCGCGAUUCUCAAGGGCAUGCUCGACUACGAGGCGAAGAGAGGCGCCGACCCGAUUGCCGACGCGGCGGCGUUCCAUGAAUUCGUGAAGAAGUCGGUGCACGUGGACGUGUCGAAGGCGCAGCUGGUGGACAAGAUCCGGAGGCUGAAGAAGAAGUACAAGAACAACGCCGAGCGAGCGAAGAAGGGUAAGUACCCCACCUUCUCCAAGCCUCACGAGCUGAAGGGCUUCGAACUCUCCAAGAAGAUCUGGGGCUCCACCGAAGACCCCAAUGAAGUAGAACCAGUAGUCGAGGCCGCCAAGUCGAAUGGGAAAUCGCUGAGGAAGAAGAGCAAUCAGAAGGGUAACACCAGCCGGAGCUUGAAAGAGGAAUUGCUUGUUGCGUUGCCGGUUACGAAGAGCGUGGCUGAGAAGAUGGAGAUUGACGGGAAUCAGGGUUCGGGUCCAGGCUCGGGGUCGGGGUCGGGGUCGGGCCGGAGUUUGAAUGGGAUGGUUCGGUUCGAUAAGAGCAUGGGUGUGGUGGGUUUGGAGGAGAGUGUGAUAAAGCGAGGGCUUGAGUUGAUUGGGGAGGAUAAGAGAGUGGAGUUGGAGGAGAGGUGGAGGGAGGUGGAGAUGGCGGAAUUGGAGGUCUUUGUGAAGCGUACGGAGUUGGUCAGGGACCAGGCGAGGUUGAUAUGGGAGGCGUACCAGAAGGAAGCCAACGACCAUUGACAUUGAUUAGCGUUUUUGGUAAGUGGUGUCGCAUCCCAGGAAUGUGUUACAUAAGUGAUAAUGUCUAGUUGGAACAAAGCUGACUGAAAAGUAGUUAUUAGGGUAAUAUCAAAGUGGACCUCAGCAAGAUGUUGAAUGGGUUGGCUUUGGCUUCCUCUUCUAAGGCAGUUUGGGACACCCAGUAAUGUUGCCUGGGUUAAGGGUCAUGUCUGCCUGGAGGAAGUUAAGACCGCUCACAUUCAGAUUGGUUUUUUUAUUCCUAUUUUCAAUUACAAGAGUUCCCCAUUGUGGGUAGCAGGCUUAAGAAAUUGCCAACCAACUUGUGGGCUGUAACAUGACACCAAUUUAGUUACAUUUUUUUUUAGAUUAAAAAAUUCAGUGUAUUGAUUAUAGACAAGGAAGCUCAGAUAUGUGACCAUGUAGUUUGGCACCAAAUGAGAAGAGAUAAUAAGACCCUGUAAUUUUAAUUUAUCAUGGCGUUUAGGUUUAAGUGGUUUUAGAGUUUUGCUUUAGAAAGGGAGGCAUGGAAAAAGGUUUCUUUUUGAGGAUGUGGACGUUUUGGCAGUCAGUGGUUUUCCGAUGUGGUUCAAGGUUCUCCUGCAUGCAGAGGUUUGGUUAAUGUUUUGGUAGAAGAAUGAAGUUUUUGUUAAUAACAUUAUGAUAAGUUUGAGGUUUGUCGCUUUAUCUCCUCAUGCACCUCUUCAAAUGAGUGUCUAUUCCAUAUCGUGCACAGAAACCUCAUCUCGGUUGGCUUUGCACCCUCUAGAGGGGAAUAUUUGCUUUGAAUAAAAGUUCUUUUGCUCCUUUCCA